CCUUCCGCGCUUGGCGGCCGCGGCCCGGCCUUCUCUCCGCGCUCUCCAAGAUGGCGGUGUCCGGGACCCUGUACACGUACCCCGAGAACUGGCGGGCGUUCAAGGCGCUGAUCGCGGCUCAGUACUCGGGCGCGCGGCUCCGCGUGCUCUCGGGGCCCCCCCACUUCCACUUCGGCCACACCAACCGCAGCCCGCAGUUCCUGCAGAAAUUCCCGCUGGGAAAGGUUCCGGCGUUCGAAGGCGAUGACGGAUUCUGCGUCUUCGAGAGCAACGCCAUCGCCUACUAUGUGAGCACGGAGGAGCUGCGGGGCAGCACCCCCGAGGCGGCGGCGGCCGUGCUGCAGUGGGUGAAUUUCGCCGACAGCGACGUGGUGCCCCCGGCCAGCACCUGGGUGUUCCCCACGCUGGGAAUCCUGCACUACAACAAACAGGCCACCGAGGUGGCGAAGGAGGAGGUGCGGAGGGUCCUGGGGGUCCUGGACGGGCACCUGAGAACCAGAACCUUCCUUGUGGGGGAGAGAGUGAGCCUGGCUGACAUCAGCCUGGUGUGCGCCCUGCUCUGGCUCUACAAACAGGUGCUGGACCCCGCGUUCCGGGGCCCCUUUGGGAACGUGAACCGCUGGUUCCUGACGUGCCUGAACCAGCCCCAGUUCAAAGCCGUGCUGGGAGAGGUGACCCUGUGCCAGAGGAUGGCCCAGUUCGACCCCAAGAAAUUUGCGGAGAGCCAGGCCCGGAAGGAGAAGGAGCCCCCCAAGAAGGAGAAGGAGCCCCCCAAGAAGGAGAAGCCCCCCAAGAGGGAGGAGAAGCGGCCGGAGCCCGACGAGGACCUGGAUGAGUGUGAGCAGGUCCUGGCAGCUGAGCCCAAAGCCAAGGACCCCUUCGCACACCUGCCCAAGAGCCCGUUCGUCCUGGACGAGUUCAAGCGCAAAUCCUGA